AUGUUUUUUUCUGAACCGUAUGAUGAAGAUCUAACGGCGAUUAAUACUUUAACGGUAUUAAGGAUUUUCUACUUUUAUUGUUCAUCAUUUUUUAGGACUUAUAACGAGGGAAGAAGAAGAGUACUAGAAGAUGUCCGCACUUUUCAAUUUCCAUUCAUUUCUUACUCAAUCCUUGAACAGAGAACUGGAUUCCGUGGUUUCUUCUGGAAGGCGGCAAGAGUAGGUGAGCGUUUAAGUCCGUGGCUCUGUCUCCGUCUACUCAAUAGGGGCAUCCAUUCUAUUGCUCUACUUCAGUUUUGUAUGCUACAUAGUCUGCAGAUAUACAAUACACAAUGCAGUGGUAUUUGUGGAAUGUGCUUGCUCUUUCCUUAG